AUGGACACAGACUUGUUAGGGCCCCCCACACGUAUCAAAACACCAAGGAUGGGUGCAAGGGGUUUAGGCCCCCAACCAUCCAAUGCGCAACAAGACAAUACAUCUCUAUUGGCUCCCAAUCUGACCUACUUUCUGAAUGGUACUGAGUUCUGCAUCCCCUCCACAGGCAAUCCUGAGUGGGAUAUGGACAUCUGGUUCCUUGCCUACCUGAAGACUCAUCCUCAUGUCUUGCAACAUGUGGAAGUGACUGCCACCCAGCAAGUCCUGGCUUCAGUGCCAGUGGGACAUGGGUUGAAACCAUGGCUUCAAGCUCCAAGCUAA